GGCGCGCCGAUUGGUGGGAGCAGGUCGGAGCAGGGUCUCGGUGGUGGGCUGAGGGCGGCCAAGGCUGGGCAGCGGCGCCAUUGUCGGAGCGGCGGCGGCGGUCGGAGCGCGGUGAGGCGGCGGCGGAGCUCGGAGGCGGCCGCAGCGCAGUGCCCUCAUUCCCUGUCGUUCUGUAGCCGUUUCUGCAUCUGGAGGCCUGGCUGCCACCUGCAUCCCCUCGCUCAGCUGCUGAAUGAGCUGCACUCUCAAGGGCGUGGCUGGAUGGAGGAGGAGGAAAAGCCCUGGAGAUUCCGCACGAGGAGGGGCUGCAAACCCAGCCCAGGGAGCUGUGGGGAGGAAAGAGCCCCCCUGAGCCGGGAAGGCGGCCGGAGAUCCAGCCAGAGCUCAGAGCUGGUGGAGAAGCCCCAUGGCAGGGAGAAGCCACACAAGUGCUUGGAAUGUGGGAAGGGUUUUAGUCGGAGCUUGCACCUGAUCGAGCACCAGGUGAUCCACACCGGGGAACAACCCUACGAGUGUGAGGAGUGUGGGAAGCGUUUCAGCUGGAGCUCCAGCCUGAGGCAGCACCAGGUGAUUCACAGUGGGGAGAGGCGCUUUGAGUGUGAGGAGUGUGGGAAGAGCUUCAGGCACAACUCUGUCCUGAUCCAACACCAGAGGAUCCACACUGGGGAAAAGCCCUUUGAGUGUGGGGAGUGUGGGAAGAGCUUCAGGCAGAGGGGCCACCUGAUGCAACACCAGAUGAUCCACACUGGAGACCGGCCUUACGAGUGUGGGGAAUGUGGGAUGAGCUUCAGCCAGAAGGGCCACCUGAUGCAACACCAGAGGAUCCACACAGGAGGAAAGCCCUAUGAGUGUGUGGAAUGUGGGAAGAGCUUCAGCCAGAGCUCUGGCCUGAGGAAACAUGAGAGGAUCCACACUGGGGAAAAGCCCUAUGAGUGUGGGGUGUGUGGGAAGAGCUUCAGCAUGAAGUGCCAGCUGACAGAACACCAGAAGAUCCACACUGGGGAAAAGCCCUACAAGUGUGGGGAAUGUGGGAGGAGCUUCAGAGAAAGCUGGGCCCUGAUUCGGCACCAGGUGAUCCACACGGGGGAACGGCCCUACACCUGCUUGGAAUGUGGGAAGAGCUAUGGGUGGCACUCUGACCUGAGAAAACACCAGCAGAGCGUUCACUCUGGGGAGAAGCCCUACAAGUGUUCUGAGUGUGGGAAGAGGUUUCAGACCAGCUCCAGUCUCCUGGUACAUCAGCGGACUCACACAGAGGAGAGGCCCUUCCGCUGCCCCGACUGCGGGAAGGGAUUCCAGCAAAACUCCAAACUCGCCAUCCACCGGCGUAUCCACACUGGGGAGAGGCCCUUCAAGUGUGGGGAGUGUGGGAAGAGCUUCUCACAGAGCUCAAUCUUGACCAAACACCAACGGAGGCACCACUAAGGGAAGCCCUGUGAAUACCCCGAGUUCAGGAAGAGCUUCAUGCACUCCUCCAACUCCUUCCCCCACGGGAGAAUCUGUGUUGGCUGAUCCCCAGUGACCCUCAUUGGGCAGAGACCUGGUGAUCCAUGGUCCUGCUGAUCUGUGUUGGGAAGACACCUAGCUGGGGGGCUCCACAUCUUCCUGGCUCCCCGUGGUCACGUGGAUGUAUACAGGGGCAGGGACAUCCAUUGGGACGCAGACCAACAAUGGGAAUUCCUUGAGGAGAGCGGAUUUGUUGACUUUCAAACCCCUAAAAUCUUUUGCAUUCAAUCCUAUCUUCUGGUGGCAUCAAGGAAUACUGAAUGGUCUUGGAGGUCUUUUCCAAUUUCAGGGAUGCCACGAUUUUGAUUUCCUGUUGCCCAAAGGUGUCUUUGGCAGCCAAAUGGUGAAAAAGUGGGGAAAAAACCAAGAUUUUUGAGACAGUGGGGUGGGAACUUCACCAAAAAAUGUUCUUCCCUCCCACCAAGCCACAUAGGUUCUCUGCCGGCAUGGAUGCGGAAUUCCUUUUCUUUUGGCCUUGAUUUUAUUUUAAUUUCUCUUCAUCCCUUUAAAAUAUCUGAUAUUGGAGUAAAAACAAAGACAUUAAAUUAAGAUAUGCAUGUGGUUAUGGUAGGACACAGUCAUGGAGAGCAGCAUGGGGACAUACGGUCAUGGAUGGGAAUGGGGACAUGGGGGGAUGCAGUAAUCCCUUGGUCUCUGGGCUUUAUAUGAGUCCAAAUCUGGCUAGCUCUGGACUCUAGCCCACACGGACUUGCAGAGACGGAGAUAAAAGACAAGAAGCGCUCUUCUCCACGUGGGAACGAGUAUCCUGUUUAUUGGCUUGGGACAGAACACUUCUGGUGACGGUGACUGUUGAGAGUUUUUUGCAGAUUGAGGAGUUUUUGUUAGACAAUGGCCAUAUUUAGCCGAUGCACAAUCCAGCCUGCUUGUAAUAAUGGACAGUGGACGUGUUCACAAACAAUGAAUAAUGGACAUAUUCAGAAAUGGGGUCGGUAUAUCCUUGAAAGCGAUACAAGAAGAAGAAUCUUCAGGACUCAGCAAGUUUGUCAGCAAGUUUGGGAAAGUCAGAAAAAAGUGAGCCAUGGGUGGGCCAGACGAGCACAGCAAGAUGCGUAAAAAAAUAGGUGAUCCAAUCAGCAUUCUAAUUUAGACGUGUGAACAGCUAGGAUUAACCAAUCAUGUAUUAGCUAGAGACACAUGGACAGUAGAGAUUUAUUAUAAAUAUAGUCUUUUUAGGGAUAAUAAAUUUGGCUCACUGGA